AUGGCCCCAAAACGAAAACAUAAGAAAAAUCAGCCAGAAAGCGAAGAACCUUUCUUGACUCCUACUUCAACUACUACCUCAUAAAAUAAUGAGAAGAUUCAAAAAGAAGAAACUAAUGUAAAACAUAUAAAAAAAGCAGAUGAUAAGAAAGCCACUAAAAUUAAAACAGAUAUUGUGCCGGAUAAAUCAUAAGAUGUUCAGCACAAAAAUAUAGGUACCAAGAAUAAGGUAUCUUUCUAAGGAUUUAUUAGCAAAGAGAAUUAAGCAGAUCAAAAGAUAUAAUCUCAUAAAGUGACUUAAGAAGAUUUCAUGAAAAAUGAGAACCUUCAGGAAUUGUCUUUGAUGGCUUGCAUGGGGUUCUUUGUGAAACAUUCAUUUAGAGAUGUUGGCAGAAGAAAAUUUCAUUUCAGCUUAGCCUUUUGCUCUGUAUUUAUUGUGGUUCUAGCCUCAUUAGUGAUUAACACAGCUGUUGAAAAGGGUCCAAUCAUAUUCUUGAAGCUUGCAGAAGGUUAACAAGGAGAAAUCGAUGCUAUUAUCACUCCUUUUGGACAGCAUAAAAUGAAGGAGGACAAAAAUAAUAAUCUAUUUAUGAACUAUACCAGAAUCACAGAGUUUUUCAGCAAAGAGAACUGGAAUCUAAGUCCCAGAAAUUUCAUCAAAGCUUCUUAGACCGUCACUGAAUUAGCAAGUAAUCUGUAUGAUCCUUAUGAUGAGGAUGAUAUUAAAGACUGGAGAUAAUCUUUUGAUAAACAACAUAAUUUGCCUACAAGAGAAGAUGCAUAUGAUGUACAGUUCUAGGCAAAGUCAUAGUCUAAUAACAUAUUAGCAUUUAAAACUAUUUAUGAAAGGAAAAUUGAAGUUGGAAGAGAAUACUAAUAUGAUCCUAUUGAUUUUGGAUAGUGCUAUUUGAUUAAAAACGAUGAUUUAAAAAUAAAGGAAGGGUAGAUAUUAUUUGUAAGAGCACCAAUCACUAACUUAAUGAACUAACUAAUUGAUCACUAUAACAAGGAGGCUAUUGGAAAUAAUAAAGUGAAAAUACCUGAUAAUUUUGAUCAGCUUAAUGUAUAAUUCCCUUGCAGGAUCAAAUACAUAGACUCAUUAUUUGGAAAAAUACCUUAACAUUCUGGAUCUUUGAUUCUAUUUGAACAUGAUAAGCUUUUGGAAUUAUUUUCAUAUUAUUUACCUGAUCCACUUCAUUAAGAGAUCUAUUCUGAUUUUCAUGAAUACUUGAGAAAACCCUUGCUUUUGGAUGAAUUUUCAGAUCAAGUCUUAUUUACGAUGCCAUCUCCAAGAAUUCAACAUUAUGAAAGCCCGAAUAUUGAUUUUAUUAGAGCUAGAUUAACAAAUAAAUUUAGCUAGUUAGAGGAGGGCCUUGGAUUUUAUCCUAUUUAAGUGACAUCAGAGCUUUUGGGAGUACAAAGAAUGGUAGGACUUAGUAAACUUGGCUUAGUGAUAAUGGUUCUUGUUUAAAGUUGUAUCUUUGUUAUUCCUGCUGUGAUAUCAGGCUUCACUCUAUCAAUUCCUUGCUUAAAGAUAUUUACAUUCGUUCUUAAGAAAAAGCUAUAUCUUGAUAUUGUGCCUCUUCCAAGUAGAAACGCUAUUCUUCAAGCUCUAUUCAUUGGAAUAGUCAUCCCUACACUCAGCUCUAUUUUGCCGAUCUAGGUUGCUAUGAAGUAAAAUCUUAAUGAUGCUCUAGACUAUCAAAGGAGUAAGACUCAAGGUGUGAUGAUAAAUAUACUUUAAAAAGGCGAUAAAAAGAUGAAUGACUUUAUUGCUUUUGGAACUAUAGCUACCGUAUUUGGAAUCUCAAUAUACUAUCUCCUACCUUACUCCUUAUUAUCACUUAACCUCUCUUUGAUAAUGAGAAUAUUCAUCUUCAUAUUGUUUGGAAUGAUUUUUGCAUUAUCUUUAAUGGCUCUAAAUGUCCAACGUAUAAUUGAGGUAACAUUCACAAGAUUUUUCUUAUAUUAUGAGUAAAACAGCAUCAAAGUUAUGGUUCUUAAAAAUCUGCAGGCCCAUCGUGGUAGAAAUAAACUAACAGCUAUUAUCUACUCAUUAGCUUUGGGGUUUGUUAUCUUCUUGGUAAUUGCAUACAAGAUCUAACUUCAAACAAUGAGAUUGCAUGAAAUGCGUUUUAGAGCAAGUUAUAUUCAGAUUUAAGUAGAGUAAAAUCAACCUGCCCUAAUUCCAAAAUAUAUUGAGCCAGUAUUAAAAAAUAUUAUGAUUACAGACUACAUUAAAGCAUUCUCUUGGAUUCCAAGAGAAAUAAAUAGAGUCAAAGAUCUUAAAUUGAUGACAACCAGAAUUGUAGAUCAUUCAAGAAGAAAUUAGUUCAAGAUAGGAUUGUAUGGUGUUACUCCUUCGUUAUUUGACUCUUGUCAUGAUGAAUUGCUAGAAUACGAUUUCAGAAAUGAAAAUACAUCUUUAAGCAUUGUAGAGCAACUAUAUACUCCCAGAGGUACUUAAUCAGCUGGAAUGGGCGCAAUUCUCCCCAAAAAGACUUCUCUUGAUCUCUCGGACUAUAGAUAGACUUUUGUAAUUGAAAUGCUAUCUCCAUUAAUGAACAGGAUGUAUGAGAUCAGGCCUUUAUUUACAAUGAAUAGAGCACCAGGUUUCACUAUGCCAGGAGAAGAAAUUAUGAAAUUUAACGAUUUGACUAUUCUUGUUUCGAUGCCCAUAUAUGCUCAUCUUGCACAGAUUAAAAUUGACGAAAUCCCUUUCGAAAGGCUAACUAUCAGACUUAAAGAUCCCUAUAACAUGGAGCACAGGUCAUAGCUAAAGAAAGCUUUGGUCGAGUAAUUUGAUUCAAUCGGAUUAAGUGAUAAAGAGUAUGCUAUUAGAGAUAGUAUUGAGGAUCUCAAAUCCCUUAAGGAUGUUGAACUAAUCCUUCAAAUAAUCUUCAGUGUUAUUAUUCCUAUAACAAUGUUCCUCUGUUUUUUCUCUCUGAGUUCAUCCAUGGGGGCAAAUCUUUAUGAACAAUGCAAAGAGAUCGCAAUCUUAAGAGCUAUUGGAUUCUUAGAGAAAAACAUUCAGAGAAUUUACAUUUUUGAGGCUUUCAUACUUGUAACAUCAAGCUCAGUUCUUGGGAUAAUAAUCGGUUGCUUCCUAGGGUGGAUUAUGGCUUUGUAACAGGGAAUGUUUAUCUAAUUGCCCUUUAAAUUUGAAUUCCCUUACGGGGCUUCUCUUUAGAUUUUUGCGAUAUCAAUAGUAUGCGCCUUUAUGAGUACUUAUGGACCAACUCGCUAAUUAAUGAGUAAAAGUAUUCCGAAUAUAAUGAGAACUGCUUGA